UUUGGCUUUAUGUAUAAAUAAGCCAAAUUUUAUAUAUCUAUUUUUUUUUAUGAACAUAACAUAAAAAAAAAACAGAGGGUGAUUUGAUGCAUCUUUCACUAUGGAAACCAAUUUCUCACUGUGCAUCUUUAAUUCUGGACAAAAAAAGCAAAAAGAAAAAUGGGUCUGAAAAUCCAUAUGCAUCAUCACAUCAAGAUGAUGAUAACAACAAGAAAAACAACACAUCUGUGCUUAGGAAAUUACAAGAAAAUAAACUAAGGGAAGCACUUGAAGAAGCUUCAGAAGAUGGGUCACUUGUUAAGUCACAAGAUAUUGACUCUGAAUCUGCAGUCAACAUCCAAGAUGAUGGAUUAGGAAGAUCUCGAUCUCUGGCACGGCUCGAAACUCAGAAGGAGUUCCUCAGGGCAACUGCUUUAGCUGCAGACAGGACUUAUGAGACCGAAGAAUCGAUACCUGACCUUCAUCAGUCGUUUUCCAAGUUUCUGACUAUGUAUCCGAAAUAUCAGUCUUCAGAAAAGAUUGAUCAUUUAAGGUCAGACGAUUAUUCGCAUUUAUCUGAUCCUGUUCCUAAAGUAUGUCUUGAUUAUUGUGGAUUUGGGUUGUUUUCAUUUUUGCAAACUGUUCAUUAUUGGGAAUCAUCUACAUUUAGUUUAUCUGAAAUAACUGCAAAUUUAAGUAAUCAUGCUCUUUAUGGUGGUGCUGAGAAAGGAACUGUGGAACAUGAUAUAAAGACUAGGAUUAUGGAUUACUUGAACAUACCUGAAAACGAAUACGGCCUUGUUUUUACUGUUAGUAGAGGUUCUGCUUUUAAGCUUUUAGCUGAAUCGUACCCUUUUCACACGAAUAAGAAGUUGUUAACGAUGUUUGAUCAUGAGAGCCAGUCAGUUAAUUGGAUGUCUCAGAGUGCUAAAGAGAAAGGGGCAAAAGUUCAGAGUGCGUGGUUUAAGUGGCCGACGCUUAAACUUUGUUCAACUGAUUUACGAAAGCAGAUUUCAAACAAAAAGAAGAGGAAAAAAGAUGCAGCUACCGGGCUUUUUGUGUUUCCUGUUCAGUCUAGAGUUACGGGUGCUAAGUAUUCGUAUCAGUGGAUGGCAUUGGCACAGCAAAACAAUUGGCAUGUGUUACUUGACGCAGGGGCGUUGGGUCCUAAAGACAUGGACUCACUUGGGUUAUCUCUUUUCCGGCCUGAUUUUAUCAUCACGUCUUUUUACCGAGUCUUUGGUUUUGACCCGACUGGAUUUGGGUGCCUGCUCAUCAAGAAAUCAGUGAUAAGAAGUCUUCAGAAUCAGUCGGGUCAUGCUGGGUCAGGUAUAGUAAAGAUCAGCCCGGUAUUUCCUUUAUACCUGAGUGAUUCUGUGGAUGGAAUUCCUGGAAUUACAGGGAUUGAGGACGAUGAUUUUGCUGGGAACGGUGAGGUAACAUCUGAAACUCGUCCCGGCCCUCAGUUACCUGCAUUUUCUGGUGCGUAUACUUCUGCUCAAGUGAGAGAAGUAUUUGAUACCGAUAUGGAGCAUGAUGACAUUUAUGAUAGAGAUGGGGCAAGCACAGUUUUUGAAGAAAGUGAGAGCUUUUCCAUUGGUGAGGUGAUGAAGAGUCCCGUGUUUAGUGAAGACGAGUCAUCUGAUAACUCGUUGUGGAUUGAUUUAGGACAGAGCCCAAUAGGUUCUGAUAAUGGUGGUCCUGCGAACAAUAAGCAUCGGGAUUCAGCAUCUCCUCUGCCACCAUUUUGGUUCACGGGACGGAGCAAAAACAAGCAGCUGUCAUCUCCUAAACCAACCUCAAAGAUUGCUAAUAGUCCCUUGUACGACCAUGAAGCUCGAAUGUUGUCAUUUGAUGCAGCUGUUAUGUCAGUAUCUCAAGAAUUGGACCGAAUAAAGGAAGAUCCACAAGAAGACCACUUUAUGGAGGCAACAAACAAUACUCCAAAUCAUCACCAUUUUCACGAGAUCGAAGAAGAAACUGAAACAAGCAAAUGGGAGAAUGGGUCAAGCUCGAAAAUCACUAUGCAGGCAAAAGAGAGUGCUAUAAGACGGGAAACUGAGGGUGAGUUUCGGUUGUUGGGAAGAAGAGAAGGGAAUCGGUUUUCAAGCAGUAAACUUUUUGGUGUCGAAGAGAACGAGAUACAGCCUGAAAGCAAAGGAAGAAGAGUAUCGUUUACUACAGAAGAUCCAAGUAAAAAUGGAGAUUUUUUAGCAGCAAAUGCUGAGGAUGAUGAUUAUAUUAGUGAAGCUGAUUAUGGUGAAGGGCAAGAAUCAAGCAGAAGGGAACCUGAGAUAUCAUGUAAGCAUCUUGAUCAUGUAAACAUGUUGGGUCUCAAUAAGACAACUCUUCGAUUACGGUUUUUGGUCAACUGGCUUGUGACAUCACUGCUUCAGUUACGGAUUCCAGCUUUAAACGGGCAAGAUAGUGUACCGCUAGUCCACAUAUAUGGGCCGAAAAUCAAAUAUGAAAGGGGUGCAUCAGUGGCAUUCAAUGUUAAAGACAGAAAGAAAGGUUUAAUCAAUCCUGAAGUGGUUCAGAAGUUGGCUGAAUUGAACGGCAUUUCUCUUGGUGUCGGUAUACUUGGCCAUAUACGGAUCUUGGAUAGCUCAAAACCGCACCGUGGGACUCCAAGUCAUGAAGAUACGACACUUUGCAAGCCAAUGGAGAAUGGAGGGCAUAAUGGGAAAAGCGGGUUCAUUAGAGUCGAAGUGGUGACUGCUUCUUUGGGUUUUCUGACUAACUUUAGUGAUGUCUAUAAUCUAUGGGUUUUUGUUGCAAAGUUCUUGAAUCCAGAGUUCAAUAAAGAUGAUGGGCUUUCGACUGUUGUGGAAGAUGAAGAAUAGUAUACAAGUUGCUUUGUGUUUUGAGGUUCUAAGUGAUUGUUCAGGUGCAGCAGGUUAAUUGGUUAAAAAAGGUGCUAUCUUUUUCUUCUGGUUCUGAAUCUUUUGGUCUUCUGAUGUCAUUCUUGGAAACAGGCAGAUGUAUUUGUUCAUUCAUAUGUUUUUAUUUGCGUUGUGGUUUUGAUUCGUUAUUUCCUGAUCUUGUGGGGGUUAUCGUAGAGUUUUCAGAUUUAGAAUAGUUUUUAUAUCCCAGUAAUCCUUAUGAUAUAAAGCUUAAAAAUGUGGAAUCGAAUGAACAAAUCACUUCUGCUUCA